CUAGAAGGAGGGUGGCGCAUGCGCGUUCGGCCGACGCCAUCUCUAACUACUGUGCGUACUUAUUCCUAGAGUGAAAUGAAUGCUAAUUCGUGUUAAAAAGUGUAAUUUAUCAUGUAAUUAUAUCGCCGCCUGUGAGAUAAAGUGACACCACAUAGUGUUUAACCUACGCAGUGCAAGCGUAAUAAAAUCGCGGUCGUAAAUUUGCGGAAGUUUCUUAGCUAUACCAACGCAUAUUUUUUGCGGCCGUCUCCGCGGCCACCGCAUACAUCAGGCUACUUGAUGGGCCUUUGUCGCCGGACCGGCUAGUGGUAAUUUACUGCUUUAUUAUCAACCGACGCCGCCGUAGAAAGCGUGCUAAGUGAGCUAAGCGCGUUACGCGCCUAUCGGCCGGACCGAGUUCGAUUACGUACGAUUGUUGUGGGUCAAAGACUCCGCGGUGUCGGCGCGCGUCUACUACAGUCCUACAGCUCAUCGCUUAUGUUUCAGAUUUUACGCUUCGGUGUGAGUGUUCGCGUGAUAUGAAUUCUGUAAAGCCCGUUUUGCCCCAGCCUGGGGCGCCGGGUGUGCAGACGAGUCCCGCGAAGGCGACUGUCGCCGGCGGCGGAUUGGGCGCGGGCGGGAACUUGCCCAACCUCGGGGGCAGCCUUGUCGGGCAGAACCUUUCGCAGCCCGUGGCCGUGCCACAGCCGCUGGCGCCGUCAGCUCAGCCCCUCGCACACGCCGUGCCUUCCAUGGCGCCGGUCUCCGCAAACAUGGCGCAAAUGGCUCAAAAUAUGAGUCACCACGGUAACUUAUCACACGUCACUCAGAACUCUGUUCCACCUGUGGCCACCAGUCCAGCCAAGACACCAGCCAGCGCUCCAUUGAGUCUUGUCCAAGACAAACCUCCAGGACCAGCUCCCUCUCAGCCCUUAGCAUUGACACGGACUCCAGAGAAAAAGGAACCUGACUCAACUGUCCCAACGGCACAGUCAAAUGGCACAGUUGACUCUCUAAAAUCAACUGCAAAUGCUCCCACCACUUUGAAACCACAAAAUCCUGAACCAAGCAAAUUUAUUGACAUUGCUAAGACAUCACCAAGUACACCAAAGCCCCCUGAGAAACCUUUAAGUGCUCCUAGUACUCCUCAGAAGGCUGAACCUGCCAAUGCCAACCAAGUGGCCGACCCUGCUCAGCCUAAAGUGGCCACUGCCAAUGAGGCACCAGAAAAAUCCCCAGCCAAACCGACUGAACCCAAGCCAGCACCAACGGCUGAUGUUGCACCAUCCCAAAGUGACAGUAAGCCUGUUCCAGAAUCAGCUAAAGACAGUCCAUGCCCUGAAAAGGCGCCAACUGCACAAAAACCUGAACAACCAGCCCAACCAGCAGCGGGAAGUGCCAAGGUACAAAAUGAUGUAAAACCUGAAGAGAAAAAACCAGAGCCGGAACCUGAAAAGCCAGCAGCAAAGCCAGUUGAAGAACCAGCGAAGCCAGAGGAGGCACCUAAAAAAGCAGAAACUCCUAAAAAGGAGGAGAAGCCAGUGGAAACUGCUGAAAAGCCAGUUGAAAAAGUUGAAGCGAAAAAACAAGAAAAACCAGAGGUCAAAACCCCUGCUAAACCUGAACCGAAGGCUGCGCCAAAAUCUACUCUGAAGCUUGCAACAGUCACACCACCAAUGAGGAAGAGAAGGCAUCCAAGCCCAAGCAAGUCCACUGAUGGCCCCAGUGUGGGUAAGAAGCCUGCUGAAGAUCCUUCUACACCUGACUCUCGGUCCAAGAGGAAUAGGAAAUCGGUGCAACUAUACCAGUCUCCAACUCCUGAGAUUGCCAUGGCAACCAAGCUGUCUGCCUCUGCUGGAAGAUCAACCCCAACUAAACCCAAUGAUGACAAGCUUAUUGUGUUUUACAAAAACGAAUACCUAGCGGUCCGAAACGCCGAAGGUGGUUUUUAUGUCUGCCAGGCCACGCAGAAUGUGUACCGCACCACACGCAAGAUCAAAAUCCGCUGGUUGUCCCAGGACAAGACCGCGGACCCGUCCGGGGAGACUUACAAACCGGACUUCUAUGAUGUCACUGACAUGGAGUGCGUGCUAACAACGUUGUCCCUGGCGCGAGCGCCUGGUGGCGGCGGUGCGCAGAUCCUCAAGCCGGCCGAGCAGGCGCGGGCUCGCUCCAUACUGGAGCGCGCGCUGCAGGCUGAGCAUGGCGACGCCAAGCCCGCCGUCACCGAGGAGCACCCGGACGGCUUGGACCUGUCGCUAUACACUGACGAGUCGCAGCUAGAAAAGAAGUCGCGCAAGCGAAGCGCGUCCAAGUCCUCCCCCGGCAAGCCCUCCCCCCGCAAGUCCUCCCCGCGCCAAGCCGAUACACAAAAGGAAGUACCGACGCCGGUAAAAAAGGCGCGUACCUCACCAAAGCGCAGCCCCAAGCGCAAAACCAAAGCGACACCGCAAAAACCACAAACCAAACGAAAAUCGGCAGGUACCACGCCCAUAGUGGCGACGGCAAGCAAGACGGCCACGGCGGUAACGGAAAAGGCAAAGGCUAAGACGCCGAAAAGGACGCCGGCCAAACAGAAGGAGACGCCGCCGCCGGCCACGCCCACGAGGGGGAGGCGGUCAAUUGUGAAAGACACCAAACCCUCCCCAAUCGUGCCCACGCCGUCAACGUCGACCGGUAAGACCACGCGCACGCCGCGGAAGCCCCCCGCGAAGAAAUAAUACGAGUCGCACCGCGGCGCCACACUGCGCGUGACCGCACGCCGAGCGCGGUGAGGAACUCUAGUGAAUAUUAAAACCGCUUUUACAGGUCUUCUUUCACUAAAAUGGAAUGAGGACUUAAUAUAAGAUGAAACAAACAUUAAUCAAAUGAAACAUUAAUAUAAUGGUGAAUUUUAAUGUUAUACCUCCUCUAUGUCAUUAAAAUGUACCACAAUCUAGCAAAAAUGAAAUGUCGAAAUUGAAAAUGAACUGUUCCUAUUUGGACGAAGCAACAUGUGAUAACGCAUCACGCCAUUUCAUGGUUUUAUGUAAAUUAGUACAAUAAUCAACAAACACCUAAAGUACAGCAGACUUUCACUGCCAGCGCGAACUAUGCGCUACGUUCCUAGCUGAUAUCACGCUGUUCUUAGCUUUUUUCGGUAUGAAGUGGAAAAGCCGCUUUGUAACCAAAAGCGCCUACGAACAGAGAACCCGCCUGGCAGUGAAUGUGUUAUAUACCUACGCCAUUUAAUCGAAUUUGAGAUAAAACUGGUAGAUUAUGUUAAGUUACUUGUAUGUCUUAUUCUAAUUGUUCUAUCAGACUAGUCUUCAGACAUACAAGUGUAUAGCGGUUUUUAUCGUCACAGAAGACUCACUGUAGUUGUCAAUUUUCUCUUCUCUUCUCGUUUUAAUGAAAUAAUUGAAGCCAGUUGAGUAGACAAAUGUUAUCAAAGGUAUCGUCCUCGUGGUAAGGUCGUAACAUUGUGUCUUAGAAGAUAUUUAUUUUUACAACAUGGACUUGCAUAAUAAUGUAUUACAUUUAUAUUGAUUUUUUAUUGUAACGACUUUAUUCGCAACAUGCAUUUUGACAGAUUUUUAAUUAUGUUCCAAAUUGGAAUAAUAUUGCUAAUAUAUCUUUUAAUGUUCUCUUGUUUUGUACUUAUAGGUGUAAGGAAAUCCGUUAGAUGUGCACCUGAAAUCAUCUCUCGUCAUUGAAAAUGAUAAAUAUUAUAUAACACUGUCAAAAUGCCAUUCUGUGAACAUUGUAUGCCUAAUUCAAAGGAGGGAAGCUAGGCAUGUCAAUAAUUGGCUGACUCAAGAAUAUCCUAUUUUACCUAUGUAAAACGGGAUGGAUGCUUUUAAGCCACGAAAACAAUAGCAUCCUUUAUUUGCAUAUUUAUGAGAUGUUUUUAUUUUAUUGACUAUUUGAUGAUGAAGUACAGUAAUCAUGAAGCACAAUAAUGAUCAGGAAUAUUGUUAUAUUAUAGGGAAAUGCUAAGUGGAGGUAAAUUAUAAUUAUGUAAUUACUUUUAUACACUUUUGUGUAUCAUUGAUCAGUUAUUGGUCAGGGGCCUACUAGUGUGAAAGGCCCGGGAAAGAUUAUAACUCGUGUCAAUGAAAGGCCACUUUAUUACUUUUCAAUAAGUGAUUGACUGUAAGAAUAAUGUUUCUUUGUAACAAUAAAAUAUGGGAAAUCAAGAAUUCACUUUAAUUUUAUUAUACUAACUUUUACUAACGUAUAUGUAACAAUUUUAGUAUUCACUGUAAAUAUAUACAAUUAAUAUGAAUGUUAACAGUCUAAUUUUGCUCUUCUGGAUCCAAUGCUGGGGGACGAUUGUCUCCUCUAGCUAUAGGCAAUAGAUUUAAAGGUUUUUUAUAAGACUAGGAUAAAAUUUGGAAUUCUGCUAGUGUAUUGAUAUUAGGAUAUGGUACUCGAUCAUUUCGAAGUUUUGUAUAAAAUCAGUACAAAGAACUAAAAAGUAAUCAGAAUUUAACACAUUUAAUUUGAAAUAAGAAUAUAUUUUGAUACUAUUGGUUUACUUUUAUCAUAAUGUGCUGUCGUGAAUUGAGGGGUUGUCGUUUUAACUGCAAUGAGACCGAAAGAAAAUGGAUUGUAAGAAUUAAGGUUUCUCAUAGUGGCUGGCAGAUCCUCAAGUCUACAGAGUAAAAUGUGUAUCUGUUUGGACCAAGCAUAAUAUCGCGGAUGUAUUAAAUACAUUGAAUCAAUGUACAGUUGAAUACUAAAUGUUAUGCCACUGCCUAUUUUGAAACUUCUUCAAUUGUAAAAAUAGAUAACUUAAUCUAUUUUUAGUUUUAUACAAUUUAGUUUUAAUGAAAACAUUCUCCCGACUUUGUUACAUCACGUCUGUGAGUUGAUGAGUUAAGGUUGUUUUGGCCUGCGGGCGCGCGCCGCACUGCAUUUUGUUGAAUGUUUCCAUAAGUCUUAUGUUGUUAUUAUACGUCGGACCCGAGUUAAGGGCGUGCGAGUGUGUGUGUUAGAAAAAUAAAGUACCUACAUUUUAGAUGGUAUUUCUAAAUAGGUUAAUUAAAAAGAGGAUUAAGCUUAAGAUAUAAAUUUGUGUGUGAAUUUUCUGUUUAUAACGUACCAAGUGGGAAAUUUUUGUACCGAGCCUGUGGUACAAUAGUUGUAAACAUAUUUUAGCGUUUUAUACAAAAAUAUAUCAGUUUGAGAGUACUAUUGUAACAGAAAGUCCACAAAUUACAAAAUUUAUAUGCAAUUCAGAAUUAAAUAUAAUAAUUUAAGAGA